CGUCACAUGAGCAAAGGGAACAGGCAGCGGAAGCUGCCACCUGUCGAGACAUGUAGGAUGAAGUGGCUUCCUCUUCCUCUUUUGGUCCUUUCCAUAUUCUGCUCUGAACAUGCUCUAGGUGAACCUUGCAGUGGAGUCUGCGGGAGACGUCCGUUGGCGCCCAGCCAUGGUGGCUCAGUUCGGAUUAUUGGAGGCACACAGGCUCUCCCCGGGACGUGGCCAUGGCUCGUCAGCAUCCAGGUCCCAUCCACCCAGGGCUACAGGCACACCUGCGGAGGCUCCCUCAUCAGCGCUCGCUGGGUCCUCACUGCAGCGCACUGCUUCUUAGACAGAAGGUUCCUCGAUCAAUGGAAGCUGGUGAUGGGAGCCAACCAGCUUUCUGACCCUGGCGCCGACGCCGAGGCACGCACCAUCAAGGACCUGAUCGUACACCCACAGUACAUCCAACGCAUGAACCUCAACGACAUCGCCUUGAUGGAGAUGAGUGCGCCGUUCAACUGCAGCGACUACAUCCAGCCGGCCUGCUUGCCCGACAUGGACGUGGAUGUGAUGUCCCUGACCCAUUGCUACGUCAGCGGCUGGGGAGUGACAGAUGUGUCAAACUUCCUGCUUGCAGAGCCAGGCGUGACCUCGGACACCCUGCAAGAGGCCAAAGUCAACCUCAUCCCUUCCCACAUCUGCAACAGCACCGGCUGGUAUAAUAAGCGCAUCCACACCAACAACAUCUGUGCUGGGCACGAGCAAGGAGGCAUUGACAGCUGCCAGGGUGACAGCGGGGGGCCCCUCAUGUGCCGGGAAACGAGGUCCGAGCGCUUCUGGGUCAUCGGAGUCACCAGCUGGGGGACGGGCUGUGCCAAUGCACAGAAGCCGGGCAUCUACACGUCCACACAGCACUUCCUCGACUGGAUAAAGUGGUCGACCAAGGAGGAGUUCUUCCAGGGCGGCUUUGUGGGGAAACCCACAACGAUGCCCCCGCCCCUGACAACGUCCAAGGUUUGGUGGCCCACGGGCCCCUACGUCAGCCGGCCGCUCGAGACCUUUGAAAAUCCUUGGAAGAAAACCACCAGGCAGCGUCCGGCGUCCCCCAACGAAAUCCAGCAGUUUGAGAACUGGGCUUACACCCAGCCUGUCGUGGUGAACCCCCCUCCCGUUUGGCAACAACCGCCAGCCGAGACUGAACCCCCCCUGCAGCCCGUGCAAACCCAGGCGCCCUGGGGGGCCUACGGCUGGACCCAGGCGUGGACCGUGGCUCCGGCCCGGCCAACGUGGAAUAUGUGGGGGGUGACUAGGCCACCCCCCAGAACCCAACCACCAUACACUGUGCAGCAAUACCCUUCGUGGAACAUACAGGUGACCAGGCCUCCCCCCAGAACAACCCCUUGGACCAGGCCCACGCAGAAGUGGACCUACGGUAGGCCUUCUUGGGUAGCGACUUACUACUUGAACUUUAGGAAGAACAGGCCAGUCAAGUAG